AGGGCGGCCAUUUUGUUGGAGGCAGACCGCUAUAGAGGCUGAAAGGUCAUAAGCCCCGCCGACAGAUUUCUCUGCUGUCUGAGAGCCACUGCAGGAGAAGGGACAUCAUGGGUCGGUCUUCGAAGGACAAGAGGGACAUUUACUACCGACUGGCCAAAGAAGAAGGCUGGCGGGCGCGCAGUGCCUUCAAGCUGCUGCAGCUGGACGAGGAGUAUCAGCUUUUCCAAGGAGUCCAGAGAGCGGUGGACCUAUGUGCGGCCCCUGGCAGCUGGAGCCAGGUCCUCAGCAGGAAGCUCAGGUCCAGCAAUGAGACCUCUGAGGUGAAGAUUGUAGCAGUGGAUCUUCAAGCCAUGGCUCCUCUGCCUGGAGUAAUCCAGAUCCAAGGAGAUAUUACCAAGGUUUCCACAGCUCAUGAGAUCAUCCGACAUUUUGAGGGCCAGCCUGCGGAUCUUGUGGUGUGUGAUGGGGCACCCGAUGUUACUGGACUGCAUGAUAUCGAUGAAUACAUUCAGGCACAGCUCCUGCUGGCGGCUUUAAACAUCACAACCCAUGUUCUGAGAGCAGGGGGCACAUUGGUGGCUAAGAUUUUUCGUGGAAAAGACGUCACGCUCCUUUACUCCCAGCUCAAGAUCUUUUUCCGCGAAGUUACAUGCGCCAAGCCUCGUAGCAGCCGGAAUUCCAGCAUAGAGGCGUUUGUUGUAUGUCAGGGAUACAGCCCACCCGAGGGAUACAUACCCAACAUGUCUAAUCCUCUGCUGGACCACUGCUAUGAUAUGGAUUUCAACCAGCUGGAGGGUCCUAACCGUGUGAUCGUUCCCUUCUUGGCCUGCGGAGACCUGAGUGCAUAUGACUCGGACAAGACUUAUCCUCUACAGCUGGAUACUGGAAAAGAAUACAGCUAUGUGCCCCCAAAUCAACCUCCUAUCCGUCCGCCCUAUCAGGAGGCCUGCUUUUUGAAGAAGAACAAUCUCCUUGCUAAAGAGAGACCACCGUCACCCGUGAACCCGCCCGCUACCACAGCCUCCGGUGAAGACCAGGCCUCAAGUAUUUGUGAGGGAGCCGCCAUUCAACAACUGUCCCUUUCCACUUGAUGGACUUGUUCUUAAGGGUUAAAGAUUUUAAGUUUUAAGAUGAUGGUUUUGUUCUUCAACUUUUUUUUAACAAAAAAUUAUUUUAUUUAUUACAGUUUUUAUUGCAACGAAUAAACAAGGUUUUAUCCACCCGUA